GGGGUGACUGGACUUGAGGUGCGCACCGGGCGCUGCGGGUUGGGUUGGCUUUGCUUCGGAGGGCGGAAGUGCCCGCAGGGCUGUGCUCUGACCCCGGCGGCGGCUCUCUGUGCGGCUGCGCGCGCUCCGAGACUUCUGCUCCUGCGCCUCUUGCAGGACAGAGAGAGCCGGGCAGGCAGAAGCCGACUGAGCGAGCGCCUUCCCCGCUGCGGCAAAGCCGGAGCAGAGCCGGCACCUCGGUUUUUGCUUUGGUUAAGACAGAACUUAGCCUAUAUGUGCUGUUUUACCCACUGGAAGAAUGACAGAUGACAAAGAUGUGCUUCGAGAUGUGUGGUUUGGACGAAUUCCAACUUGCUUUACUCUCUAUCAGGAUGAGAUAACUGAGAGGGAAGCAGAGCCAUACUAUUUGCUUUUGCCAAGAGUCAGUUAUUUGACGUUGGUGACUGACAAGGUGAAAAAGCACUUUCAGAAGGUUAUGAGACAAGAAGACGUUAGUGAGAUCUGGUUUGAAUACGAAGGCACACCCCUGAAAUGGCACUAUCCAAUUGGUUUACUAUUUGAUCUUCUUGCAUCAAGUUCAGCUCUUCCAUGGAACAUCACAGUACAUUUCAAGAGUUUUCCAGAAAAGGACCUUUUACACUGUCCAUCCAAGGAUGUGGUUGAAGCUCACUUUAUGUCGUGUAUGAAAGAAGCUGAUGCUUUAAAGCAUAAAAGUCAAGUGAUCAACGAAAUGCAGAAGAAAGACCACAAGCAGCUCUGGAUGGGACUGCAGAAUGACAGAUUUGACCAGUUUUGGGCCAUCAACCGGAAACUUAUGGAAUAUCCUCCAGAAGAAAAUGGAUUUCGUUAUAUCCCUUUUAGAAUAUAUCAGACCACCACUGAACGACCCUUCAUUCAGAAGCUGUUCCGUCCUGUGGCCGCAGAUGGACAGCUGCACACACUUGGAGAUCUCCUCAGAGAAGUCUGUCCUUCUGCAGUGGCCCCUGAAGAGGGAGGAAAGAAGAACCAGGUGAUGAUUCACGGAAUUGAGCCGAUGCUGGAAACCCCUCUGCAGUGGCUGAGCGAGCACCUGAGCUACCCAGAUAAUUUUCUUCACAUCAGUGUUGUCCCCCAAGCAACAGAUUGAAGAGUGGCCCUCCUGGAUGGAGCCGCCUGCCAGAGGACUUAGCGGAGCAUGCCACCCUUGCUUCAGUCAGCUGCGGUGGAAGCAGCAGACACCCGUGGCCGCUGCGAGCCGAGGAGGAGGAGGAG